CCCGGCCCCCUCCCGGACGCGGUUACCAAUGAGAAACGGCCCUUCCCGCAAUCUUCUUACCUGAUUGGUAGGCCCCUCGGUACCCGGAAUACAUUUCCCCGGAGCAGAUUGGCCAUCUCUGUGGUUGGCCUUGCCCCUCAAAAUGAGGCGCUAGAGCAGACUUGAAGAUCAUUGGUAGAAGUGGAUGCUCCUCAAAGGUCUGAGAUAACUUCUUCUUGAUUGGUUGGAAGCGGCACUUAAUACGUGGCGGAUUCUGACUGUGGAGAGGAUGGUCCCAAGUGAAAGGAAGAGUGGGAAGCGAGUCCCUGGUGGCCGGGAGGCGGCCGACCUUAAAGGAGCUGCCACUGUGGCUCUCCUAAAGCCUGGUCUGUUUGGAAAAGCAAAAGCGAAGUAGGGAAAAUGAGUGGAUGUACAAGACGUGUGGUCCCCAGAAGUGGAAGGGGCAGGACGGGCUCAGCAGAGUAUCCUGCUUGUGGUCGUGAUGGUGCUGAGAAUUACUGCCUGCUAGAGAUGCCGGCCUAUAGAGGAUCCAGUCUCCCUGACACGCCCCCUUCCUUGUUAUAAAGGAGAAGUAGUCCAGGCCCUAUGCGGCGACUAAUUUGUCUAAAGUCACACACCUACUACUUGCGAAACGAUGACUUUAAUCCAAGCCUUCUGACCCUGGUCUGGCAUGCUUUGUACCUCGUUUAUAGGGCUCUGACGAAGAAAGAUAAGACUGCAAAAGGUCAAACUGGAGAAAAUUUGAAUGUUCAUCUCAGGCGAUGGACCUUUUCAUACGGCAGUUAAAGAGACCCUGAAAAUUUUUGAGCAGAUUGAAACGGCCAGGACCAUGUCAAAUCGUCAUCUGGAGCCACAAAGGAAUCCUACUGGCACUCUGAACAAAACUGGGGUUCUGCUAGUGAGGAUGAAGGAGAGAAUUGGUAACCCACUUCAUCCAAGUAUAAUAUGUGUACUUCUGGAAAGUGCCUGCUUGGGGUCCUUCUUCCACCCCAGGCUGCAGAAUAACCAAGUGCUGGGAAUUGGAAGUGGCUCUACAAUCGUUCAUGCUGUACAGCGAAUAGCUGAAAGAGUGAAACAAGAGAAUCUGAACCUUGUCUGCAUUCCCACCUCCUUUCAGGCCCGUCAGCUCAUCUUGCAGUAUGGCUUAACUCUCAGUGACCUGGACCGACACCCAGAGAUCGACCUCGCAAUUGAUGGUGCUGAUGAGGUAGAUGCUGAUCUCAAUCUCAUCAAGGGCGGUGGAGGCUGCCUGACCCAGGAGAAAAUUGUGGCUGGCUAUGCCAGUCGCUUCAUCGUGAUUGCCGACUUCAGAAAAGAUUCAAAGAACCUUGGGGAUCAGUGGCACAAGGGAAUCCCCAUUGAGGUCAUCCCAAUGGCCUAUGUCCCAGUGAGCCGAGCUGUGACCCAGAAGUUUGGGGGCGUGAUUGAACUUCGGAUGGCCGUCAACAAGGCAGGUCCCGUCGUGACGGAUAAUGGAAAUUUUAUCCUGGAUUGGAAGUUUGAUCGGGUGCAUAAAUGGAGUGAAGUGAACACAGCUAUCAAAAUGAUCCCAGGCAAGGGAAAGAGAAGCAAAAAUAAACUAUUGGGACUACAUCAAAAUGAAAAGCUUUUGCACAGUGAAAGAAACGAUCAGCAAAAUGAAAAGGCAGCUUACUUGAUGGGAGAACAUACUUGCAAAUGAUGUAUCCAGUAAGGAGUUAAUAUCCAAAAUAUAUAAAGAACUCUUACAACUCAACACAAAAAACUAGCACUCUGAUUAAAACGGGGCAGAAGAUCUGAAUAGACAUUUUCCCAAAGAAGACACACAGAUGGCUAACAAUCACUAUGAAAAGAUGCUCAGCAUCACUCAUCAUCACGGAAAUGCAGAUCAAAACCACAAAGAGGUAUCGCUUUACUCCUGUCAGAAUGGCUAGAAUCAAAAAGAUAAGAAAUAACAGAUGUUAAAAAAACACAAAUGUUGGCAAGGAUGUGGAGAAAAGGGAACCCUCAUGCAAGAUAAUAUGCACCCAUGUUUAUUGCAGCAUUAUUUACAGUAGCCAAGAUAGGGAGCAACCUAAGUGUCCAUUGAGAGAUGAAUGCAUAAAGAUUUGGUGUAUAUGUGCAAUAGAAUGUUACUCAGCCAUAAAAAAGAAAGCGAUCUUGCCAUUUGCAACAAUGUGGAUGAGCCUAGAGGUAUUCUACGAAGUGAAAUAGUCAUAGAAAGACAAAUACCAUAUUUCACUUACAUGGAGGAUCUAUAAAACAAAUGAACAAACAGAAAACAAACAAACAGAAACAGACCAAUGGUUGCCAGAGACGAGGCAUAGGGGAAUAGGCAAAAUAGCUGAAGGGGAUUAAGGGGUCUAAACAGUUAUAACAUAAAGAAGGCACAGGGAUGAAAAAUACAGGGUAGAAAAUAUAGUGAAUGAUAUUAUAAUAACUUUAUAUGGUGACAGAUGGAAACUACACUUAACCGUGGUGAGCAUUGUGUAAUGUACAGAAUUGUUGAGUCACUAUAUUGUGUACCUGAAACUAACUUAGCAUUGUAUGUCAACUAUACUGCAAUUAAAAAAAAUAACAAGUGGGAGUGGAGGUUACUUAGUCAAUGGAGGGGCUCUCUGAAGAGAAGACUUGUCAUCUGAUGCCUGAAGGACAAAAGAAGCACCAUUCCUUUGAAGUGCUCAAAGACGACUAGUUCAGCAAACAGAAUAGCAUGAGCAGAGGCCCUGAGGUAGGUAAAAAGUUGGCACAUUUGGGUAGACAAAGAUGGCAGGGGAGAAAGGGAUUGUAAGAAGAAAUAAAAAUGAUCAGAAUCUCUUUUCGUUGUCCUGGGAAGGAAAGACUUCAGACCUGUCAUUUGUCCAGUGCUGCUAAUGGUGGUUGCCCUUACCGACCCUACUAUCCUUGACCCCUUCAUGCCUUGGGGAGCUGAAACUUAAUGCUUAUUUUCAU